AUGGUCUUCCCCUCUCUUCCAAUCUAUCUAGAUCCAACCAACUGGUCACAACAGCAAGCAGGAAUUGAUAUUGGAACUCAAAAUCCGUCCCAUCUGCAGCAGCCAUCAGCUUCAACUGUUACUGCUGUAACAGUUGAAACUGAUGGCUGCUACCAAGGGUCUAUAAGACCGGGAUCAAUGACGGAUCGAGCUAGGAUGUUAAAGAUAAACCAAAACGAUGCUGCUUCUGCUGCUGCACAAAAAUGUCCAAGAUGUGAAUCAACAAACACAAAGUUUUGCUACUACAACAACUAUAGUCUUUCGCAGCCUCGUCAUUUUUGCAAAGCUUGUCGUCGAUAUUGGACUAGAGGUGGUGCACUUAGAAGUGUUCCUGUUGGAGGUGGUUGUAGAAAGAAUAAUAAAAGAAGCAAAGGAAAUUCAGUAUCAAAACCGCCUUCGAAACCUAAUCGAAGUAAUGAUCAUCGCCAGGUCGGUACCAUUGCUAUCGCGGGUGGUUGUACCUCAGAAAAUGCAAAAUCUUCUUCUAAUAAUAAUAAUAAUGGAUGCAAUAAUUCUAAUGUGAAUUUGGGAAUUUCUCACUUUCCAACUCAAUUCCCAUUUUUUCCUUCUUUGCAUCAUUAUAACAAUAAUGGCUAUGUUUCUCAAGGCAUUGGUUCUAUGGUGGCCAAAAAUAUUACCAAUACUACUAAUGUUGAGUAUCAACUUGGUAGAGAUUCUUCAGUUGGUGAACAAUGGAGGUUUCUGAAUUCAUUACAACAACAGCAACAGCAACAACAACAACAACGACCGAAUCAUCAACAAUUCCCUUUCAUGACAAAUUUGGAACCACAAAUUGGAUUAUUUCAAUUUGGUGGAGAAAAUAAUGGCGAAACUCCAAGAAGUUUCAUAAGUUCUAAGGCAAUGGAUUCUUCAAGUGCUAGUAUUGGAAUGGUGAAAAUGGAAGAAAAUAAUCACCAAAGGUUGAGUUUGCCAAAGAAUCUAUUGAGUGGUUCAGGAAAUAGUAAUGAUCUAUUUUGGAAUGAAGUCCCUAGUUUCACUCCUUCAUCAAGUGAGUUGUUAUGA